AUGCAAUAUGAAUUAUGAAGCUGGCUUGUUUUUGCAGGAUUUGAGGGCCAAUUAAUAUUGACAAGUUAGUUUGCCAACAACUUGUUCAAGAGAGCAAACUUUGGCUCAAUGGCAUGUGCUUCACUAAGUAUCCCUACCUCUCCGGUGGCAAGCAAUGGCCUUCGCCGGUCGGAAUCAAGCAAAGAUCUCCAAAACUGCGCCACAAUCCAACGGUCGAAUUCUGAUAACCACCUCGUUUGCUGCCUCAACCGCAUCCAUGCCGCAUCAACACCACCGAAGCUCAAGAACAGCCGUUCCAUGGGGCUUUUUCCAUUUCAAUUCUCUGCGGGUUCAAUUCUUCCGAAUUCACUUAGAUCAUUUUUGUUUGAACCGGAGACGAGUAAGGAUAUGGAUGAUCAUGAGAUGGAGAAUGUUGAGGAGAAUAGUGAAGGACAAGAGAUCAAGAGAGCUAAUUGGGUGGAAAGGCUAAUGGAACUUAGAACUCAUUGGAGGAAUAGGAAACAACAAAAAGAUGGUUUUGAUGAAAUGGAGGUUUGUGAUGAGGAACAAGAGUUUGGUAAUUGUGGUUGUGAAGAAGAAGAUGCUUGUGAGGUGAGUUAUAGUGAAGGAGAAGAAGAAGAGAGAGAAAAGAGAUUGGACCGCGAAUCGUUUUCGAAUUUUUUGGUGAAAGUACCAUGGUCAGACACCAAGCUGUUUUCUAAACUUGCUUUCUUGUGCAACAUAGCUUAUGUCAUUCCAGAUAUUAUGCCUAAGGAUUUGAAAAUGUACUUUGGCCUAGAGUAUGUAACAUCAUCCUUGGUAAAGAAAGCAGAGGCAGCUGCAAUAAAAUCAAGACUUGAACAAGACUCUACCCAACUACCUGUAGUUUCCUUGGAAGAAAGCAAAUCCAUUGGCAUUACUUCAGGUGAUGGAGUCGUGGAUUCGGAACAGAAGCACCCGAUAAGAGCUUCCGUGGCUUAUGAAAUCGCAGCCUCAGCAGCGUCCUACGUGCAAUCCAAGGCUAAGAACAUGUUCUCCUCUGCCUCCGAAUUGGAGCCGGAGGAUUUGUGCAAAAGUGGAGAGGAGGAAGAAGGAGGAGAGGAAGGAGAAUGCUCGCCUCGCCUUUACAAGUCGGAGGUCGCUGCUUAUAUGGCUGCUUCGACGAUGACGGCGGUGGUGGCUGCUGGUGAAAGGGAGAAAUCGGAGGCUGCAAAGGAUCUUCAGUCACUCCACUCCUCACCUUGUGAGUGGUUUGUUUGUGAUGAUUCCAGCACCUACACUCGCUGCUUUGUAAUUCAGGGCUCGGAUUCCUUGGCUUCUUGGCAAGCAAACCUCUUCUUUGAACCUACCAAGUUUGAGGAAACGGAUUGCCUUGUUCAUAGAGGGAUUUAUGAAGCUGCAAAGGGAAUCUAUAUGCAAUUCAUGCCUGAAAUAAUGGAACAUUUAAACAAGUAUGGAGAGAGAGCAAAGGUUCAGUUCACCGGGCAUUCUCUUGGGGGAAGCCUGUCUCUCUUAGUCCACUUGAUGCUGCUGACCAGGAAGGUUGUCAAGCCGUCGGUUCUCCGACCGGUCGUCACUUUCGGGUCUCCGUUUGUGUUCUGCGGUGGCCAGAAGAUACUAGACGAGUUGGGGUUGGACGAGAGCCAAAUUCAUUGCGUUAUGAUGCAUAGGGAUAUUGUUCCUAGAGCCUUCUCCUGCAACUAUCCUAACCACGUUGCUAAUCUCCUCAAACGUCUCAAUGGCACAUUUCGGUCUCACCCUUGUCUCAUCCAAAAUAAACUAUUGUACACUCCAAUGGGCAAAAUAUUCAUUCUCCAACCUGAUGAGGGGUCAUCUCCUCCACACCCUCUACUCCAUCCGGGUAGUGCCCUCUACGCUUUGGACAAAACCAAAAGUGGAUACUCCACAAGUGUCCUUAGGACCUUCCUCAAUAGGCCCCACCCACUAGAGACCUUGAGUGACCCCACGGCUUAUGGUUCGGAAGGCACAAUCCUAAGAGACCAUGACUCAAGCAACUAUUUAAAGGCCGUCAAUGGGGUCCUAAGGCAACACAAAAAGAUGGCUAACGCUCAGAGAGUGAGGAAUGAGAGGAACGUGUUGUGGCCGUUGCUCACGUCGCCGUCGCCGCACUCGUGGAGCCAUGAAAUUAACAAUAUGGAGAACAACAGGUUGAUUACGAAGGAGAUUAAGAUUGGGGUUUGAAUAAUUUGAAGCUCAUUUCUAGCAGUUAAGUUAUA